ACACAGUUUUCAUCGAUUGUGUCCUUCAGAAAUGUGUCUGGAGUUUUUUAGGAGCCCGUUUCAAGACCAGGAACAUGCUUUUGGAACAUCUCAGCUGCUUGUUUUAGGCGUGUCUCUGGAACAGGUUUUAGUUUUUUCAUUCAUCUUCUCCCGUUUUAUUCCCCUUUCGGGGUCACAGGGCUGCUGGAGCCUAUCCCCGCCACUUGUAGGCAAAGCCAGGGGGCGUCCUGGACAGGACGCCAGUCUGUUGCAGGGUAGAGUGACCACAACCACACACUCACACACUGUCACAUUCACACCUUGGGACAUUUUAGAUUGACCCAUGAACCUAAACCCACAUGCACUAAACCCUACGUGUUUUAGUGCAUGUGGGUUUAGGUUCGUGUGUUUUUUAGGUCCGUGUUUCUGGAGCACUUGUGUUGCUGGUUUCAGGUCUGGCUUUUAGGUGCAUUGUAGGUGUGUGUACCUGUGUGCGUCCUUCGGCAGCAUGUUUCAGGUCCACCUGUGUUUACAAAGGCCUGUGACACAAACUAAGGGCUGAACAAAGUGCUCUGCAAUAAGAGCUUAAUCUCUGCGUUUGUGUUUCAGAACCUCAUGCAGGACUUUUGCUGACUCCAGGUGAUGUGAGCUCUCCCCGCACAGAGAUGUUGACUUUUCGCUGCAGCUGCAGCUCCAACAAUAGAAAUGGUUGGGUCAUCGGCCUCGGAACACAAAGAACCUUCUUUGGUUCACAUAAUCAAACACAUCCAUCUUGCGCCUUUGUGUGGUGAACGUCUGCAAACAUCUGGAUGCUUUAAAAGGCUUUUCAGCUGAAGCUGAAGCACUCGGCCAUGGCAGCCCUCCGGACGCGCGGCGGCCCGGUUACGGCCCUGAACGCCUCCUUAAAUUGGAUUCUUUUGCUCUGUUUUUGGAUGUCACACUGGUUUCCUGCUGGUGUUUCAGGCAGUCAGCCCUCAGACUGCUCUUAUUAUGGUCUGCUGAAGUAUCUGAACCUGACAACACCCAGUCAGGUUCUGCAGAUCAUCAGACCCGUGCAAAGCUGGAACCACACGACAGCCGUCUCCUUGGACAUGGUGAUGUACGGCAUCCUGGAUGUGGAUGAGAAGUGUCAGACGGUCACCAGCCACAUCUGGAUAGAAACACACUGGAAAAACGAAUUUCUGACCUGGAAUCCUUCCGACUUUUGUGGGAUGGACAAGCUGACGAUCCCAAAGUCCUUAGUCUGGAACCCAGAUGUGGGCAUUGACGAGGACACCUCGGACUCUGGGAGCAUUCGUGAAGAUCCGCUGCUCAUCCUCAUGUCCAGCGGUGAGGCGGUGACGACCACACGCCAGCGCCUGACCUCCACCUGCCAGCUGAACCUCCUGCUGUUCCCGUUUGACGUGCAGCGCUGCAACAUCACCUUCUCCUCCACGAGCUUCGACACCAGCUCCUUGAAACUGGGCACAGCCAGGAACAGCUCCGUCAUCACGAGUCUGUCGGACGAGUUCAUGAUCACCCAGGGGGAGUGGAACCUGAAGAACAUGCAGGUCUUCCUGUACGAUCAAUCCAACGGGAACAUCAGCGUCAGCAAACUCAGAUACACGGUCUGGCUGGAGAGGAAGCCCAUGCUUUACGUGAUCAACCUGAUCCUGCCGCUCUUCUAUCUUCUCAUUCUGGAUCUGGCUUCAUUCUUCAUCAGUGAGUCCAGUGGAGAGAAACUGGGCUUCAAAGUGACCAUCCUCCUGUCCAUCUCUGUCCUGCUGCUGAUCCUGAACGACAUCCUGCCCUCAACUGAAGACAAAUUACCAAUGAUUGCCUCGUACUGCGUCUCUGUCUUCACCGUGGUGUGGCUCAGUGUCCUGGAGGCCAUGCUGGUGGGCUAUCUAUCCAAAAUCGACGGUUUCUGCUGUAAGGAGGAUCAAAGCUCUGGAGAUCUUCAGCAGGACGCCGUCAGACAUGAAGAACCUGCAGAAGUUCAGGAGGACACAAAGGCUGAAGCGGUGAAGACCGUCCUUCCUCCAGACGGACUGCAGGACCUCCUGAAAGGGAUCCUGGAUGAAGUCAGAGCAGCGCAGCGGGAAGCCGGACGUCGGGACAAACCAGACGCACAGGAAGGGCGCUUCAGGCGGCUGGCUAAGACAAUAGACUGUGUCUUCUUUCUCCUUUAUUUUUUAGUUGUGGUCACAUUUUUAUUAUACUUGUGCAUCAUCUGGAUGAAUGGUUAACCUUUGGUUUGUGCCGUUUUUCCACAUCAGUUGUUCAUAAAUUUUUUUUCUCCCUCUGCUGUCAGUUGCUAUGGUGACAAACAAAUUUCCCACGUGUGGGAUCAAUAAAGUAUUUCUGAUUCUGAUUCUAAAUGUAGACAUGCAGAAACAUUUCUAUAUUAAAGUUGAAAUAGUAAAUCAAAGCUCUAUUGCUGAAGCUGCUCCCUGAGGAGGAACCCCUCCCAUGUAAUAUCACUAAAGGUAUUGGCCCCCCAUCCAAAUGAUCAGAAUCAGGUGUCCUAAUCACUCGGCUUGGCCACAGGUGUGUAAAAUCGUCACUCAGGCCUGCAGACUUUCCAAAACGUGAAAGAAUGGGCCGCUCUCAGGAGCUCAGUCAGUUCCAGCCUGGAACUGUCUCAGUGAGACAAUAAACACUCCUCCACCUCGCAGACAGCCAUGCCAGAAGAGUUAAAGCUGCAAAAGGUGGACGACCUCAUUGAACUCUACGGGUUAAGAAAGGGACAGCACUUCAGUUCAGGUGUGAGCUGAUACUUUUGGGAAUAUAAACUGUCUUUUUUGGGACAAUUAAAAGUUUAAACCUUAUUCUAAAAACAAGCAGAAACCUCAGAAACGAUCAAAAAAACAAACAGGAAUGAACAGUUAAAACUGACAAAAGGUUAAUUUCACAAAUGAAUACGAAAAACAAGAGAGAGAAUCACACAAAAUAAAAGUUUAAAUCAAAA